ACAAUACAGCGUCCAGUAUCGUUGCAUCGAUGAAACGCGGAUCGAUGAAAAUCCAAAACGGCGUUGCAUUCGGUCGCGGUAUCGCUCGAUCAACCAGUUGCCGGUAGAAAUUCGCAUGGGAGAUAAAAUCGGGCGGCGUAGAGUAAAUACCGCGGCACGAUACCGGAUCUGCGCUAUCUAUUUCUGUUUUCCGUGUAUCGUUAUCAAUACCGCAGAUAGUGGACACAUUAGCCGCGCUAUUCGUGCCAAUUGCGACAGUUACGUUUCAGAUUCCUUUCCGGUAGAGGCGGGAAUUGGGAGGAAUCCGCGGUUACAUUUAGCCGAAAGUAAGACGAAUUAAAAGUAAAAGUUCCAUCGAAAAUGGGCGACGAAGGGAGCCGCAAGUGCUGAUAGUUUGUUCGGAUGAUUUCUAUUCGCGUCUUACACGAUUAACCGUAAAAAUGAGGAUUACUCGAGCAUUGCUGCUCCUGGCUACCCUGUUCAGCGAAUGGGAUCGUUUCGAAGCGGUGGACACGGAGCUAAUGAGGCUCUGCGUCUCUCAGAACACGUGCGAAAAUUGCUUGGAGGCGAGCUUGGCUUGUGCAUGGUGCAGUGAUUGGUCCUUCUCGAAUUCGACGUUAGGUCGACCGAGAUGCAACCUAGAAGACAAUCUAUGGGCGUUCGGUUGUCCGUCAGAAGAAAUCCGUACUGCUCCUUCAGGAUCAGUGGAGCUCGUGGAAGAUUUCGACUUCCAGGACGUGCAAGAGGCCGGCCAGACACCCUUACAGUUGAAACCGCAGAAAGUGAAAAUGAGGAUCAGGCCGAAGGAAAGCAGAACGGUUAACCUCUAUUAUAGGCCAGCCAAGAACUAUCCGCUAGACUUAUACUAUUUGAUGGACUUGACAUGGUCGAUGAAGGACGACAAAGACACUAUGGUCGCUCUAGGGCUAAACAUGACGGACACCAUCGGAAAGUUCACCAAUAAUUUCCGUUUCGGUUUCGGUAGCUACGCCGACAAACCCCUGAUGCCUUUCGUUUUCCCCGGACACGAGGACAAUCCUUGUAAAAGCGAGCAUAGCGUCUGCUCGCCGCUGUACGCCUUUCAGCACCGAAUGAGUCUCAGCGAGAACAUUCACCGGUUUAUCAAAGAGAUGAACGAGAGCUCCGUCACGGGAAACGUGGACAACUUAGAAGCGGGGAUGGACGGUGUGGUGCAGAGUAUCGUCUGCGCGAAAGAAGUGGGCUGGGCGCAUCAGGCGCGGAAAAUCAUAUUGAUGGCCACGGAUGGGUUUCUGCAUUUCGCCGGAGACGGAAAGCUGAUCGGUACCGUAGCUCGUUCAGACUUCAAGUGCCAUUUGGACGGGGACGGGAAGUACGCUAUGUCCACGAAGUUCGAUUAUCCGUCUCUGGAGGAGGUGUCGAGGCUCCUGAAGGAAAACAAAGUUAACCUGAUAUUCGCCGUGACGGAGGAUCGACGGGCGGAGUACGAAUCGAUCGCAAAUCUGUUGAAACAGAAGGCGCGGGUCGCCACGUUGACCAGUGACAGUUCGAACAUCUUGGAGAUCAUCGAGAGCUCUUAUCACGAGUUGAUCUCGAAGGUUGUGUUGCAGGACAAUUCGACGGAUCCGCUUCGAUUGCAAUACCUUUCGAAUUGUGGGAAAAAGGACGGUGAAUAUUUAUACACGUCGGAAUGCGAUGGGAUACAGGAAGGCGAGGUUUACAAGUUCACGGCGAUGCUCUCAUUCGACAAGUGUCCGCGAAACGAGAGUUUAUGGAAACAAACUAUUAUAAUCGAAGACGCUCUAGCCUCCAAAGCCUCCGAAAUUGUAAUCGAAGUAGAACUCCUGUGCGGUUGCAACUGCAAAGACUCCCAUAACUCCCAUUGCCUGCAUGGCAGUGACGAGUGCGGUCUCUGCAAAUGCGAUUCCGGCUGGUCAGGAGAGCACUGCGACUGUAAUAUAAGUUCGUCAACGGAGAACAGACUAAAAUGCAUCGGGCCUGAUUCUAGCAAAAUCUGUUCCGACAAAGGGGAAUGCAUCUGCGGAAGUUGCGUUUGCGACGAGGGAUACAAAGGGCAGUACUGUGAAUGCUCUGCCUGUGACAAGUACGAUGGAUUAGAAUGCUCGGGUAGAGGAACCUGCACGUGUGGCGUUUGCCAGUGUUUAAAAGGCUGGAAGGGGAAUGGAUGUCAGUGUCCACUGACGGAGGUACUGUGCAUGGCACCAGGAAGCACGGAUGUAUGCGCUGGUCGCGGAUAUUGCGAUUGCGGGGAAUGUCGAUGUAACGUUACCGCAGAAGACGGUACUUAUUAUCGAGGGAAGUAUUGCGAAUUAUCGGUCGGCUCUGGCGGAGGGAGCCUUUGCGCCCUUUACAACGCUUGCGUGAACGCCACUAUCGAGAAUCCGCAGGGAAUCGAUGAAUUUUGUCGAACGAACGUGACUGAUUACACCACCAAGAAAGUGGACUCCGUCGAUAAAGGAAAUGAACACUACUGCAUCGUUAGCACUGUUGGCGAGACGCAGACGUGCUUCAUACAGUACACGUACGAGUUCCAGAGGAACCAUGAUGUUCUGUUGAAGAUAGGAGAGAAGAUAUGCAAUGCUCCUAUAAAUGUAGCAUCCGUGUCCCUUCAAAUCAUUGCGGUAACAUUUUUCUUCGCAACAAUAUGUUUAUUAAUUUGGAAAUUCUGGACCACAUACAAGGACAAACAAGAGUACCAGAAGUUUGAAAUAGAUAGACAGAAAACUACUUUCAGUUUGAACCAAAAUCCUUUGUUUAGACCUGCUACAACAGAAUUCCGGGUUCCAUCGGUGAUUAACGAGGACUGAGGAUGGUAUAUAAAAACAAUUUCGCGAAUACGUGGAAUCGAGAUCUAGGUGAACUUUAUAUGCUCCCAGUAGAUUCGUUGUGAGUAGAAUGAGCGGUGUCCUGGAUGAAUACCAUAUCAUCCCAAAAAUGAUUUCCAGGUGAAAACGAGAUCAUCUGUAAUUAGGAUAAAGGUAUUCAUUGUUUUGCUAUAGAGAGAAUUAAUUUAAGUAUUUCUUAAAAAUUGUAUUACAUUCUCUGAUAAGGAUUCAAGUACCCAUUUGAACCCAAGAGACUCUCUAUAAAUAAUAUUUGUAAAUGGUUUAUUAUUUAGCCAGUUUGCUUCUAAAGAAGAUCCAUCGGGGAACAUGUAAAUUCCUGGGCCAUUCAUUGUUCCCUUCGAAUCAAUAUUACCCCGAAACUCAGCGUUGUUAUUGUAACUAGAAUCAUUAAAAUUGAAUUAAUUUAUUCACGUAUAUCCACAAGCUAAAAUUAAGUCAUAUUUACCGAAUAUGUAUUUUAUCUUCAGCAUACGCAUCGUCAUCCCAUUUACCAUUGUAUUCAUCAAGAUCAUCUGUGGUGUAUACUCCGUUACCUGUACAGCGUAUACAUAUAAAUAACAAUAUCCAUUGAAAAUAUUUUUUAAAAUAGCAACC